AUGUCUGCUGCCCAGCUUCUCAACCCCAAGGCCGAAUCCAGGCGGCGGGGCGAAGCUCUCAAGGUCAACAUCACCGCGGGUGAGGGCCUCCAAGAUGUCCUCAAGUCCAACCUGGGCCCCUCGGGCACCAUCAAGAUGCUUGUCGAUGGCGCCGGUCAGAUCAAGUUGACAAAGGAUGGCAAUGUCCUCCUCCGUGAGAUGCAAAUACAAAACCCCACAGCUGUUAUGAUCGCCCGUGCUGCGACCGCCCAAGACGACAUUUGCGGUGACGGCACAACGUCGGUGGUGUUGUUGGUGGGAGAGCUCCUCAAGCAGGCCGAUCGUCACAUCUCCGAGGGUCUUCACCCCAGGAUAAUCACAGAUGGUUUCGAGAUUGCCAAGUCCGAGGCGCUCAAGUUCCUCGAUGAGUUCAAGCUCCCUCGCGACGUCGACCGCGAGCUCCUCCUCUCCGUCGCCCGCACAUCGCUUGCCACCAAGCUUAGCGCCAGCUUGGCCCAGAGCUUGACCGCCGAUAUUGUCGAUGCCGUCCUCGCUAUCUACCAGGCCCCGGCGAAGCCCGACCUUCACAUGAUCGAGAUCAUGACCAUGCAACACCGCACUGCCUCUGAUACCCAGCUUAUCCGUGGUCUCGCCCUCGACCACGGCGCCCGCCACCCCGAUAUGCCCAAGCGCGUCGAGAAUGCCUACAUCCUCACCCUCAACGUCUCCCUCGAAUACGAAAAGUCCGAGAUCAACUCUGGCUUCUUCUACUCUAGCGCCGAGCAGAGGGACAAGCUCGUGGAGAGUGAGCGCCGCUUCGUCGACGCCAAGCUGAAGAAGAUUGUCGAGCUCAAGAAGGAGGUCUGCGGCAACGACCCCACCAAGAACUUUGUUAUCAUCAACCAGAAGGGUAUCGACCCUCUUUCUCUGGAUGUGUUGGCCAAGAACGGUAUUCUCGCUCUCCGGAGAGCGAAGAGGAGGAACAUGGAGAGACUUCAGCUCGUCUGCGGCGGUAUUGCUCAGAACAGUGUCGACGACCUUUCACCGGAGAUUCUCGGCUGGGCUGGCCUUGUCUACGAGCAGCAGCUUGGAGAGGAGAAGUACACUUUUGUUGAGGAGGUCAAGGACCCCAAGUCCGUCACCCUCCUUAUCAAGGGUCCCAAUGCGCAUACCAUCACUCAGGUCAAGGAUGCCGUUCGCGAUGGUCUCCGCAGUGUCUACAACAUGAUUGUCGACAAGAGUGUUGUUCCUGGCGGUGGUGCUUUCCAGGUCGCUUGCGCUGCCCACCUCAAGAGUGAUGCUUUCACAAAGACGGUCAAGGGCAAGGCCAAGUGGGGUGUUGAGGCUUUCGCCGAUGCUCUUUUGGUUAUUCCCAAGACCCUUGCCGCUAACGCCGGUCUUGACGUUCAAGAUUCUCUCGCCGCUCUUCAAGAUGAGCAAGCCGAGGGCAACGUUGUCGGUCUCGACCUUGCGACUGGCGAGCCUAUGGACCCCACAUUGGAGGGUGUUUACGAUUCGUUCAGAGUAUUGAGGAACUGCAUCGCCUCCAGUGCCAGUAUCGCAUCCAACUUGCUGUUGUGCGAUGAGCUUCUCAAGGCGAGACAGAUGGGUAGGGCCGGAGGUCCUGGACCUGGCAUGGACGGACCCGAUUCUUAA